AUGUUGAGAAAGUUAUUGUCCCGACCUGCGCUUUUCGUGGCGCACAAGCAGCUGUCGCCUCUUUCGGUGGCAAUGUUUAGUUCUGCGCGUGAGCAGAAUCCAAACGUUUUCUUUGACAUUUCGAUCGGCGGCGAGUCGAGCGGGCGCUUGGUGUUUGAGCUGCGUGCCGACGUAGUGCCCAAGACGGCCGAAAACUUUCGUCAGUUGUGCACAGGCGAGGCGGGCGUAGGACAGUCGGGAAAGCCACUGCACUACAAGGGCAGCAAGUUUCACCGCAUCAUUCCCAACUUCAUGUGCCAAGGUGGCGACUUUACUCGCGGCAACGGCACGGGUGGUGAAUCCAUCUACGGUCCCAAGUUUGAGGACGAGAAGUUCGCACUCAAGCACGAGGGAGUGGGUAUCCUGUCCAUGGCCAACUCCGGUCCCAAUACGAACGGCUCGCAAUUCUUUCUGACAACUGUUGACUGCCCUUGGCUGGAUCAGGCCCACGUUGUAUUCGGACAAGUGACGGAGGGACAUGACGUGCUUAAGAUCAUGGAGGAGCAGGGCAGUCAGUCGGGCGCUACUAGCACUGAGGUCAUCAUUGAGGACUGUGGCGAGAUCAAGGAAUAA